UUCCUCUUUUGCAGUAAGUGUGUUGCAGCGAGUGUUGUCGUGUGCACUGGAGCACCAGUGCUGGACAUGGAUCACAUUUUUAACAGCUAAUCCUGGAAGAAUCACCUUGACUUUGGCAAACAUGGAGGACAGUGUUGACGUCAAGGCGCUGAGGGCCAAGUUCAACUCAAGGACCAACACAUCCGACACCAGCAGUCGAGACAGCAGCUCCCCAAAAUCUCCACGACCUGGGUUUGGAAGAGUCGCCCUAGUGACGGAAAACGACCUGGCCCAUCACAGACUGUCUCCCACCAUUCCUCCUCCACUGGCAGGCUCUGGCUUACCAAGGUUCCCUGUGCCUCCCAGGGUUGAACCAGCAGUCACAUCCAUCCCCAGACAGUAUUCUUUCUCCCAACUACCUCCAACUCACAGCAUCAGAGCUCCUGUUCAGACGGCAGAGUUAUCCCGAAUCAAGCAGACGGGAGAGUUGCUGCAAAACAUAAUGCUGGUCCACCACAGACCUCCGGGAACAAAGCUCCCCUCAGGUCCAGCCACUGCCACCAAACCUCAGCAGCUGACCAGACAGAGAGCCACAGGCGAAGUGGCCCCACUGAGGAGACCCCUACCCACUGAACGACCUCGACCCAUGAAGCCCAAACGGCCCCCUGUUGUAAAUCUAGGGCCCUUUCUGAGGAACACCAAAAGAUCAUUGUUGCUGCCUGAUCCAAAAAAUAUCAACGGAUUUCGAGACAGAAAAAUAUCUGUACCGAUACACAUCAAUCGUCCACAACUUCCACAACGAGACAGCAAACCCAGCAGGCUUCCACGACAGAUCGCCUCAGUGGACAUUGAGGAUCCAGACGACAUGUACGAUGACAUCGCACAUUUUGACAAUAACGAUUCCAUGAAUGACAACAGUUCACAGUGUGCAGAAGAGGAAAGUGAUGAAGUGUAUGAGUUUAUUGAUGAAGACCAAGUGGAGUUAAACCAGAUUCAUGUGGACAAGAAACCCCAAAAAGAUGCAAAGAAGCAAAAGCAGCAGGAGCAGAAAGAACAGCUGGAACGUCAGAAACGAGAGAACGAGUUGAGGAAGAAUUUUCAGUUGGAAGGGAGGGAGGAGGUUCUCCAUAUAGCUAGAGUUCGUCAUGAUUGGCAUGGAGGAAGUAAACUGGACCUCAGUGUGCAACAGGGAGAAACAGUGGAAAUCAUCAGAGUGAAGAAUAACCCAGAGGGCAAAUGGUUGGUUCGCUCUUUGACUGGAAACUAUGGCUACAUCAGCAACACAUGUGUGGACAUAAACUAUGAAGAGGUCAAGCGCAAACUGUUACAGGCCAGAAAACUAGACACAACAGCAUUACCUCCACCACCUCCAGACCCACCACAGAUGUAUGGAGUGGAGUUCUCGAGUGACAUGAAUAGUAUGCUUCAGGAAGAAGACGAAUAUGAUGACGUUCAACCAAUAUCUGAGAAUUUUCCACCACCGCCACUUGAAAUCAGCAUGGAUCCCAAGAUGGAGAAGGAGCUCAGAAAAAAAUUUAAGUUCAACGGGCCAAUUACAGUGCUGCACACCAUGAUGGUGGAUCCAAAUGCCAUCAUAAAGAAACCUGGCGGGAAAGAUCUACCCGUGACUCACGGAGAGAUUGUAGAUGUGAUCCAGCUCACUAGCACCAAGAAAGUUCUGUGUCGUAACCAGUUUGGAAAAUGUGGCUUUGUGGCCACAUCGCUGCUUCUUCCAAUGGAAGGAGAUAUUUAUGAUGAUGUUGGCCACCUGGCUGAUGUCUACGACAAUGAUUGACACCACAACAACUACUCAAUCACACACAAGGAGGAGGAAGGAAUCACUGUGGACAUGUACCUAUGCUGUGCAGACCAUAUAUACUUGUCAAACUUUUUGUAUAGAAAAUAAACACACUAUAAACUU